AAGCAAUAAGAUUUCAAUUUUCUUUUCGAGGUGUGUUUGGAAAGAAGGAAAAUCUAAGAAAUGGGUGUUGGAGUGGGUGUUGUGAUGAUGAUGUUGGGCAUAGUGAUAUGCCUUGCCACGGUGGCACAUGCAGCUCAAGGGACUGCUACUUACUAUGGUCCUCCUUACACUCCAUCUGCAUGUUAUGGGAACCAAGACAAAGGAGUAAUGAUAGCCGCGUCAAGUGACGCCAUAGGGGGGAAGGCGGCGUGUGGAAGAAAGUACAAAGUGACGUGUACGGGUCCGACAAAUCAGGGUGUGCCACGUCCUUGCACCGGUAAAAGUGUAGUAGUAACCAUCGUCGAUUACUGUCCACCUGGCUGCCAGGGAACCAUCGAUCUCUCUCAAGCUGCUUUCGCCAUGAUUGCUGACCGCAAAGCGGGCAAAGUCAACAUCAAAUUUACCCGGGCAUGAAGCUAUAAUAUAUAUAUAUAUAUAUAUGCAUAUAGUAAGAAAGAUUUGGAAGGGACAUGCUGAUAUUAAUAUAGAAAUAACUCAAGCAUUUCAUGGAAACUUUGUAUGUUUCCAUGUGUUAUGUUGUGACCAUGUGAUGCAUCUGUAUCAGUGGAAUAAAUAAAAAUCAUUUCUAAGCUUUUACCCAUUA